UUUGACGUUGAAAAUCGGCUUUUUGCGCGGCAGUUUCGGCAUGUGCGCGCCGCCACUUUAGUGAACAUAAUUUUUAAAUAAUUUUUUUAUGCAAUUAAAUAUUAAUCGAAAAAUUUGAAAAAAUACGAUUUCACGGUAAUAAAAGUUGUACUACCACUUUUCAAAAAUUUAUUCAAUUGUUAAUUAACAUUUUUUUAGGGGUUUGUAUUGUCAUAAAAGGCGGUAUAAAAGUUUAAAUAAUUGAUUUAUAAGUUUUUUGUUUCUCGGAGCACUUUUCUAAGCAUACUCAAUAAACUGACGUUAUAGAAGUUUAUAAAAUAUUUUUAUUCCAUUAAUUAUUAAUUUUUGAAGAAGCGGCUGAGGCAGCCGUUCGGCACGCGCGUGGCUCGGGCGAUCACCGAAGUUAAGUAGCAUCGAGCAUGAUCACUACUUGGCUGGGUGACCGUUUAGCCACACGUCGGGUUCGAACGAAGGUCUCUGAUCGCUAGGCGCGGGAUGAAGAUCCAGUGAUCGGUAAAAUGGGAAUUUUAUCGAUCACUGGAGCUUUACCCAAAUCGAACUGUACUGGCUAGGUUUUCUCUGUGGUUUCCCUAGCCACUGCAUCUCCAUUGCACAAGGGAGGUUGCAGGAUAUCACUGUAAUGAUGCAGUACAGUAUAAGCACAAGUCAGGCCACAGCCGCACAACGAAAGGCAGAGGAGGAGAAGUAAAGCAGUUUGCGAUAUAAAGGCAAAAAGUGUAAAAGGCCGUAAUUGCGGCUAUACACUAGAAAACAAUUAAAAAAAAAAAAAAUAUUAAUUUUUGAAGUAACAAAAAAAUUUUUAAUUUUAAUAAUUUUUUUUUAAUUUUAAGCUAUUACUGAUUUCAUAUUCUUGUUAGGCAUUAUAUGAUCACUUUUCAAAUUUUUUCAUGCCAUUAGUUUAUAAAUUUUUUAUAACAAAUUGAUUAAAUAUUUUAAGAAAAUUUUUUUUCACUAUAUUGUUAGCGUAAGAAAAUGAUAUUUAAAAAAAAAUUGUUUUAUUGUUCAUUAUGGGUUUUUUUCAUAUUUUGAUUCUUUAAAUAAUUAAUUAAGGAAUCUUUUUUUUUUUAAUCAUAAUUUGCAAAUCUCGAUAUAAUGGCAAAAAAAAAUUUUUUUUAUCACACCUUAACCGAAAGUUCGUUUCCAAGACCUAUUCUAAGGGACGAAAGUGUCAUAAUCUCUCCUGGUUUCAUAAAUUAAUUAAUCAAUGCGCAGACUCAAACUUUUCUGCUCAUGUUCACCGAGUCAUCUUCUUGACAACCGUUUAUUUUCAAUUUAAAUAUAAAUGUGUAAUGGUAAAAUCUGUCCAACUUCACUUAAAAAUACUUAUCGUUUAUCAUUAAAGUUUUUUAAAAUUCAUUAACCCAAAAUAAAUUAAAUAAAAUUGCGAGCAAAUAAAACACCAAAUAGAAAAAUAAGAAUAAUAAUAAUAAAGAUGAGUUCUGAAGAGGUAUAUGAAAGUGAUAGUGAAAAUUCAGAAGUACAAGAUAACACAGAUUUAGAUGCCGAAGCAAAACUAAUAAGAGAUAAUUUACUCCCUGAAAAAUCGGUUGCACGUUACAAUUCAUGUUAUGAUGAAUUUUGAACGUGGCAAAAAAAACAAAAACACAGAAUCAUUUGAUGAAAAUGUAUUUUUAGUUUUUUUUAAAGAGCUAUCAGUGUCAAUGAAGCCAUCAUCUUUAUGGAAUCGUUGGUCCAUGAUUAAAACUACGGUAGCUCCCAGACACAAUAUUAAUAUUGAUGAUUAUCAUAACUUGAAAAGUUUUAUUAAAAUUAAGGCCAAAGGAUAUAAACCAAAAAAAGCUAGGGUAUUAACAUUGUGUCAGAUAAAAAAAUUCCUAGAUGAGUGUCAUGAUUUGAAUUAUCUCGCAUCAAAAGUUAUUCUGAUUUUCGAAGUUUGUGGAGCAUUAAGAACGAUUGAAUUUUGUAACAUCAAUGUUCAAGACGUUGAAGACACGGGAUCUCUAUUUGUCGUAACAAUAAAGGACGCAAAAAAUUAUUACCCUCGUAAUUUUGUUAUUGGAAGAGAAAAUUACAAUAUAAUCAAAAAAUAUAUAUUAUUAAGGCCGAAUGACAUCGAGACGAAAAGAUUUUUUAUUAAUUACCAAAGAAGGAAGUGUACGCGACAAGUUAUAGGUAAAAAUAAAAUUUCUGAAGUGCCAAAAAUAAUUACCAUUUGUUUAAACUUAGAAGAACCUGAAAAAUAUACUGGUCACUGUUUUCGUCGCUCAUCAGCAACUUUAUUGGCUAACUCUGGUGCAAGUUUGAUUGAAAUAAAACAUGGAAGGUGGAAAUCAAGCAGUGUUGCAGAGGGUUAUAUUGAGCAUUUGUUGAAUAACAGAAAAAAAUUUUUUGAAAAAAUAAUUACAUCUGAUCUCUUAACAACUUCCAAAUUCGACCAACCGGUAACUUCAACAUUAGAUCCACAAUCGACUCCAAAAUUCGAUUUACCUUUAACUUCAACUUCUGAUCAACCAUCGGUUUCAACAUUGGCUUCAAUAACCAAUGAAAAUGCAGACCUAUUACUUUAUAAAUCUAAUGAGAAUUCAAAUAUAUUACGAACCAAUUCUAAUAACCCUAUCAAAUCAACUGAGCGUUCCACAAAAAUAAAUCCAAAUAGAAAACCACUUCAACAAAUUCAAAACUUAUCCUCUGAAAAUAAAAUACUCAUGCGUAUAACAAUCACAAGUACUAAGAAACGUAUAAAUGAGAAUGAAAAAAAAAAUGAUAAUAUUCACUGAGUCACUCUUCGUUCCGGAUUGAUAACAUUUAAGAAGUGCAAAAUACAAAAUUUAACAAUUAAUAAUUAUUACAACAAUGAUGAUAAAAAUAAUUCUUAAAUUUAAUAAUCUAUGCCUAAAUAUAUAAAUAAAUUAUUUGUUAAUAGUUAAGUGCGUUGGAUAAUUUUUUAUAUAAUAUUAUCCAUUGUCGAUUAAUAAUGAUGAACUUAUUAAUUAUCUAUGUUAAUUAUUUAUAUUCUAUUCUAUAAAUGUUAAUUCUAAAAGAAGAAAUGAUGUUCUAUUUCUUCUAAAAUUACAACAUUAAUGUUUGUAAAUAUUAGCAGUUACAUUUUGUUAAAAGCUAUACAAAAAAACUUUUGAAGUGAGGCUCCAUCUCCCAACCCCGACCAGGGACUUUGUCUCUGGAUCUCAUGUUCGACGUUUUUUCUAUUUGUUUAUACAUUCUUUAUUUUUAUGAAAAAAUUGACUGAGAAAAUUUUACGUAACCUUCAAUAAUAAUAUUGAUUUUAUUUUUAUGAAUUGUAAUCGAACUUUUGGUCCUGGUGUGACAAAAAAUGGUAUACGCACCAUGGGAGGAUAGUAGAAUAUCGCAACCUGCGUAAUUGUCACCCUCACCUUCGGCUCGGGUGAUAAUAUUACGCGGGCUGCAGUGUUCUACUUUCCUUUCUGGGUGCGUAAUAUACUAUUUUGUCAACAAUUUAUUCAUUGAUUUAUUAAACAAUUUUUUUUUUAUCUUGUUGAGAGUAUUUAUAAAAAAGGCUCCAAGAACCAAAAAAUUUAUAGAUUACUCAUUCAAACUCUUAUAUCUCCUUUUAUGAAAACACAAACCCGUAAAAAAAUGUUAAUUAAUAAUUGAACAACUUUUUAAAAAAUGGUGAUACAACUUUGAUUACCGUAGAAUCAUAUUCUUUGAAGUGUCUAGAUGAUACCAGAAUUUUUCAAAUUUUCCAAUUAAUAUUCAAUUGCAUAAAAAAAUUAUUUAAAAAUUACGCUCACUAGAGUGGCAGCGAGCGCAUGCCGAAACUGCCGCGCAAAAGCCGAUUUUCAACGUUAAAUUAAAACUAUCAAUAUUUGAGCUACAAUGCGGGGGAACGAGAGAUUUUAACUAAAAUUCUCUGUUCUUUUAGAAACUUUUUCAAUAUUUGAGCUAUCACUCAUACUUUUCGAGAUUUUGCCAAGAAGCUAGACGGCUAAUUUUUUUAACGGUUUCGUGUUAAUAAUAAUUCUAAUUUUCUUUUCCAGAAAAAAUCCGAAAAAAGCUACUAUGGCUGACUGUUUUUUAAAAAUUUUAAUUUUUUAAACUGAAUUCAUUUUAAAACGAAGUACCCUCAACUUAAUUUUAUUUUUUCAAAAAUUUUUUUUUUUACACAAUGAGUUUUUCUAAGCUGUUUCAUUAUUUCUUCAUCAUCAAAUUUAUCAAAACAAGAGUGGGUGUGAGAUCUGGUAUAUCGUUACAAUGUUACAUAACCUAUAUUUAAUCUCGUUUUAUAAAUAAACUAUGAACCCUAAAUCUCUGAAAUUUUAAGAGAACACAUAUAAAAUAUAUAUUUUUAUCGAUCUUAAAAAUUUUUAAUUGAUUUCAUUAUUUCGACUUAAAUCCCAUACCUCCUUAAAAGGUUAAAUAGUUCAUUAAGAAAAAGAAUAUAAUCCCCGAUUGAAAACUCCGAUUGAAAGUCUAUCGGAUUUCAAUCGGAACCAAUGGGAAUUCAGCGGUUUCAAUUGGAGUUUUUAAUCAGAGAUGGUUAUAAUAUUCUCUGGUAGAUCCGGACAGCGUUAAUUUACCACACUUUUGGACAGUGCGGUGAUUUCACAGUAAAAUUCGGUAUUACAUCGAAUUACAGUAAGAUACGGCAAUUUACCGUCAUUUGCAACACUUCGACUGUAAGCACCGCGUGUUUUUAUAUUUUUAAAGUGCGAUAUUUCACUUUACGGUAAAAUACCGUAGGCUUUUCACGAUUUUACGGUAAUUUUCCGUUUUCUCACUGCACAUUCACUGUAAAAAUACCUUACCUUUGCCAUAAAUUACGGGAUUUUACCGCAAAAUGCGGUAAUUUUCCCGAGUACAUAGAUUACGGUAAUUACCGUAAGUCACCGUAAUUCGGAUCCGCCAGGGUUGACAGCAUUUAUACUAAAAUUACUU